CCGGCGGUCGAGGACUGCCCCGGACGACCCAGCAUCGCUCCGACACAGCGACGGCAGCAAGAGCGAGGAUCAGAUCCGCCAGCCGAGACUGCAUCCAGAGCACAACUCCAGCCUGCAGCCCGAGUCAAAGCCACAGCGUCAGCCACUAUAGUCCAGGACAAUUCAUAGCGUAGAUAUUGCCUUCACCGGCACCGACACCGACACCGACAUCCCCACAACGACGCCGUCACCAUUCACGGAGGGCCCACGCACGCAAUGACGUCAAACACCAUCCGGAGCGAUCUGCUGGAUAUCGAGAAGGGCUUUGCGUCCAUGGACCUGGACCCGAGGCUCCUGCGGUCGAUCGCCAAGAUGGGAUUCAACCAUCCGACCAUUGUUCAGUCCAGCGCGAUCCCGCUUGCCCUGGCCGGGAAGGAUAUCCUGGCUCGGGCUCGAACGGGCUCGGGCAAGACGGCGGCCUACUGUCUGCCUGUUGUCCAGAAGAUCCUCCUGGGCUCGGAGAGCCGCGAUGCAAGCGACAGUCAGCAUACCGUCAAGGCGAUCAUCCUGGUUCCGACAAAGGAGCUGUCGGAGCAGGUCCACCGACACAUCAAGGAUCUGACAAUCUACUGCUCGCAGGAGGUGGUGUCGGUCAACUUUUCGGCCGGCGAGGCAAACGUGCAGACGCAAAAGGCGCUGCUGGCCAACAACCCCAACAUCAUCGUCAGUACCCCCAGUCGUCUCUUGACUCUUCUGGAGAGCAAAGACCUGAACCUGCGCGACUCUCUCGAGUCCCUUGUCAUUGACGAAGCCGAUCUGAUCCUGUCGUACGGCUAUGACGAGGACCUGCGCAAGAUCCUGACACACCUGCCCAAGAUCUACCAGAGCUAUUUGAUGAGUGCCACGCUCAGCGACGAUGUCGAUGAACUGAAGCAAUUGGUGCUGCGGAAUCCAGCGAUCUUGAAGCUCGAGGAAUCGGAUGACCAGGACCUGCUGACGCAGUACUAUGUCAAAUGCACCGAGAAGGAAAAGUUUCUCUUGACGUAUUUCAUCCUGAAGCUGCGGGUUCAUCCCUUCGGCACGGGCAAGUCGAUUAUCUUCGUGAACGACAUUGACCGCGGAUACCGCCUGAAGCUGUUCCUGCAGCAGUUUGGCAUCAGCAGCUGUACACUCAACUCGGAGCUGCCGCUCAAGUCUCGCUACCACAUUGUGCAAGAGUUCAAUCGUGGCGCCUACGACUUUAUCAUCGCGACGGACGAGGUUGAGCUGCUCAAGGGCGAGGCGGCCGAGUCGGAUGACGAAGCUGGCGAACCCCAGGAAGAGGACAACGACGGCGAAGGCGUUCAGGAUGGCUCCGAGAAGACGGGACAAAAGCGAGCGGGCGGGGAUAGCGGCAAGGGCAAAAACAAGCGACGCAAGGACGCCGAGUAUGGUGUCUCGCGUGGCAUUGACUUCCAGAACGUCCAGUCGGUGGUCAACUUUGAUAUGCCCCGGACAUCCAAGUCGUACAUGCACCGAGUCGGCCGCACCGCCCGCGGCGUUGGCAACCAGGGCUGGGCGUUGAGCUUUGUGGUUCCCGACGGCACCCCGACAGAUGCAGUGCUGUCACGCAAGCUGCAGGGCAAGAAGAAGCUCACCGACGAGCAGAUCCUGAAGCGAAUCGAGAAGAAACAGACAGAUCUCGGCCGCAGCUUUUCGGCGUUCAACUUUGACAUGAGUCAGGUCGACGGGUUCCGAUACCGCGUCGACGACGGUCUGAGAAUGGUCACCCGGGUUGCCAUCAAGGAAGCCCGAACCAAGGAGCUCAAGCAGGAGAUCCUGAACUCGGAGAAGCUCAAGGCGCACUUUGAGGACAACCCCAAGGAUCUGCAAGCGCUCCGCCACGACCAACUGCUGCAUCCCACCAAGGUGCAGGCACACAUGAAGCACAUUCCAGACUACCUGAUGCCCAAGAAGGUCGUGGGCGUCAGCGCCGGUCGACGCAAGGAGGUCGGCAGCGUUCCGUUCAACAUGCCGAACCGACGCAAGCGCGGCGAGCCGUACAGGGGCGGAAGAGGCAAGAAACCCGUGGGCAGCAGGAGCGGACAUGGCGUUUCCGGCAAGAAGAAGGACCCUCUCAAGACGUUCAAGAAAUAAAGACGCGGUGGUGGACGACA